UUCCCUUCCAGCAAGCACUGCUCCGCCGCAGCGGCUUCCCUUUCCUGCCCCCUUUUAAAAUUCUACGAUUCAAACUCGGCGUUCUGCGCUCCACCCUCCCCCUCUCCACCACCCGCCUGUCAUUAGCCAGACUGUCCCGGUGUUUCGUCUCCCACCUCCCAGAUGCAGAACUGAAGGCCAACCUUCGCGCUCCCGCGCGGCGGGCCGGGGGGAUCGGACGUGGUCCGCUGGGCCAAGGGCACUGCGCUGGGCAACCGCGAUCCCGAGCGCCACCGGAGGGGGCGGUGCGCGGCGCUCUUGGGCGCACCGGCGGAAGACGGCCCGGGCCCUGCUCCCCAUUGGCCGCCACCUCGGCGGGAGGGGCUGCCCCGGGUUUGGGGCACCUGGCCGUUGCCCCUCCGCAGGGAAAUCGGCGGAUGCCGGGCGCCGGCGCCCGGAGGUAAAGCCAUCGGGAGGAAAGACCCGGAGCCGCAGCCGAGCUCCCUGCCGCCAGCCCUGCCCUGCGCUUCGCCCCGGCGCAGGCGACGCUCGGAUGCCCCCCUGCGCCGGCCGCGCCAUCGGAAACUUUGCCCCGAGAAGUCCCGGUCCGUCUGAUCACGCCAAGAGGCACCUGGUAGAUCGUGCGCCCCCCGGGGCCCCGGAGCCCCGCGCGUGAUUGCGGGGACCCCCCGGCGCCCGGCGCCCGCCGCGCCCCGCCGCGCACGAGCGGCCGCCAGGAUGCGCUACGCGGAUCCCUCGGCGAACCGGGAUUUGUUGGGGAACCGAACUUUGCUUUUCAUCUUCAUCUGCGCCUUCGCUUUGGUGACCUUGCUGCAACAGAUCUUGUAUGGCAGGAACUACAUCAAGAGAGGCCUCCAGUUCGGUUGGCAGAGUGGCGACCAGCUGGCCAAUUGGACGGGGCUCUUUAAUGUCACCGACGAUCCAGCAGUGCAGAGCGGCAGUGACUCCAGCUCCAGGUAUUUUGAAUUUUACGAGGGCCCUUUAGAAUACAACUCCACAAGAUGCCUGGAGCUGAGGCACGAAAUCUUGGAAGUGAAGGUCCUGUCCAUGGUGAAGCAGUCGGAGCUCUUCGACCGGUGGAGGAGCCUGCAGAUGUGCAAAUGGGCAAUGAACAUCUCUGAAGCCAACCAGUUCAAGUCCACUCUGUCCAGGUGCUGCAAUGCCCCUUCCUUCCUCUUUACUACCCAGAAGAACACUCCCCUGGGGACAAAGCUCAAGUACGAGGUGGACACCAGCGGCAUCUACCACAUCAACCAAGAGAUCUUCCGCAUGUUUCCCAAGGACAUGCCCUAUUACCGGUCCCAGUUUAAGAAGUGUGCAGUGGUGGGCAACGGAGGCAUCCUAAAGAACAGCCGCUGCGGGAGCGAGAUCAACAGCGCUGACUUCGUCUUCCGGUGCAACCUACCCCCAAUCUCAGAGAAGUAUACCAUGGAUGUGGGGGUGAAGACAGACGUGGUCACCGUGAACCCCAGCAUCAUCACAGAGAGGUUCCACAAGCUGGAGAAGUGGCGGCGGCCCUUCUACCGCGUGCUGCAGGUGUAUGAGAACGCAUCCGUGCUGCUGCCCGCCUUCUACAACACGCGCAACACCGACGUGUCCAUCCGCGUCAAGUACGUGCUGGACGACUUCGAGUCGCCGCAGGCCGUCUACUACUUCCACCCGCAGUACCUGGUCAACGUGUCACGCUACUGGCUCAGCCUGGGGGUGCGCGCCAAGCGCAUCAGCACCGGCCUUAUCCUGGCCACCGCGGCGCUGGAGCUCUGCGAGGAGGUGCACCUGUUCGGCUUCUGGGCCUUCCCCAUGAACCCCUCGGGUCUCUACAUCACCCACCACUACUAUGACAACGUCAAGCCCCGCCCGGGCUUCCACGCCAUGCCCUCCGAGAUCUUCAACUUCCUGCACCUGCACAGCCGUGGAAUCCUCCGCGUGCACACGGGCACCUGCAGCUGCUGCUGAGGAGGCGAGGGCUGCCUGGCACCCCCGGCACCCAGAGCCGCCCUCCUCCUCUCUCUCCUGCGCGGGGCCGGGCAGUGAGAGGCCCUGGAUGAAAGGCUGCCACUCCCUCGGUAGUUCAGCUUGGUACUCGGGUCCUGUGGGCCGAGAGGCAGGGAUGGGGGCUGGUGCAGAGUCAGCUCUGUGCUAGGCAUCCUGGGCCUCAGCCUGGGUCUUGUGGCUCCGCCCUGCCCACAGUAGCAUGUUGCUGGGCCAUACUUUAAGAUUCAGGCUCUGGGACUGCAAGUGAAUAAAGCACAUUUCCACUAAAUUUUAGCAUCCAAGAGAGCACAAACUGUAGCAGCCUUGUUACAGCUAAAGGAAUGCCCUAUAAAGAAUGGAAAAGAGGGAGAUGGGACAUAUGAACAUGGGUGAAAUUUAAUUCAGGCUUUUGGGUUCCUGAGUUUUAUGCUGAGCCCUCAAGCCCUGAUUCGCUGUCUGGAAUCUCAGAGCUUAGAGGCCAACCCAAACGCCAGAGCUUCUCGUCAAGACAGAGUGGAUUAGAGAGGUCCAGAGGCUUAUCAACCAAGGUCACACUGAAUGAGUCCAUUAAGUGACACCGUGAGACCUAAGACAAAACACUGUCAGCUGAGGAGAGCCUCACCCUUUCACACACAUCCUCAGACACACACCGUCAGACACACACACACACGCACACGCACACACACACACACACACACACACACACACAGUCUUGGUGCCUCCACGUACAAUCCUGCUUUUGAUCUUCUGAUGAGAAGGAAAUAAACCAGACCAGCCAUUUGCACUGAGGUUUUUAA